AUGGCAUUGUCACUUCGUCACACCUGCUUCUUCUUGCUUUGUUCGCUUUGUUUCCUCAUCUCUGCAACCUCAGGCGACGGCUUCGGAAACUGGCAGAGUGCGCACGCCACGUUCUACGGAGGGGGAGAUGCCUCCGGCACCAUGGGAGGUGCGUGCGGGUACGGGAACCUCUACGUCCGGGGCUACGGAACCAACACGGCGGCGCUGAGCACGGUGCUGUUCAACGAUGGGCUCCGUUGCGGCGCUUGCUACGAGCUUCGGUGCAACGACGACCCUCGGUGGUGCCUUCCGGGCUCCAUCGUCGUCACGGCCACCAACUUCUGCCCGCCUAACUCCGCUCUCCCCAGCAACGACGGCGGCUGGUGCAACCCUCCCCGCCCGCACUUCGACAUGUCCCAGCCGGCCUUCCUCCACAUCGCACAAUACCGAGCCGGCAUCGUCCCCGUCGCCUUCAGAAGGGUGGCGUGCGUGAAAAAAGGGGGAAUCAGGUUCACGAUCGGCGGACACAGCUACUUCAACCUGGUGCUGGUGAGCAACGUGGGCGGCGCCGGCGACGUUCGGGCGGUGGCGAUCAAGGGUGCGGGGCGUGGAUGGGAGGCGAUGUCGCGGAAUUGGGGGCAGAACUGGCAAAGCAAUGCGUACCUGGACAGGAAGAGCCUUUCGUUCAAGGUGACGGUCAGCGACGGUAGGAGCGUGGCCGCCUGGAACGUCGUCCCCGCCGGGUGGCAGUUCGGCCAGACCUUCGAGUCCCAUGCCCAAUUCUAAGUAACCAGCUUGGUUCUCCUACACGUGUCAAUCUAUCCAUCUAUAUAUAGUAACAGACAGAGCGUGGUUGUGUCUGGUGCCAUGGCCGUGGUUGCAUCCUUAAUUAGCACCCGCUGUGACUACGAUUUCUGUUAAUCGAUGUGAUUAAUUAGAUCAAUAAAAUUGUUUGUCA